AUGGAAGGCAGUGGCAGUGGCGGACAGCAAGCGGGCACUGGCGCGGGUGGCGGAGAGGGUAAGAACCCGUUCGAAGAGUUGCGAAAGAAGAUGGAGGCAGCGGGCAAGACCCAGCACGGGCCAUCUUCUUCGAUGGGCACGCAGCAGCAUCUGGAGCAAGCGCGCAAGCUGCUCUACGCCAAGAACUCUGCGGAGGCGCGCAACGUGGCUAGCUUCAUGCGGCUCACCAACUACGCGUGGAGCGGCAUCUCGUUUGCGCUACUCUUUGCUUUUUCGAUGUCGGCUCUCUACAAGUACUUCAAGAAGCCCGAGCCACAGGAAAAGGUGAGCAUCAACGCAACGCAUGAGCAUGUGUAA